UCCAUCUCAAGAAUCUCCAUUUGGACCGCGAGGGUUUUGUGGAAACACUUUGCUUUCCUGUGAAUUUUGUCGGGAAAAUAUUUCUUUUAUAGACACUUUUAUUUUGAGGAUAGUUAUCAUCUAUCCUUCAUUGAGAUUUUCUCAGAUUUUUUUUUUAUUUAAAAUCCCUCGGAUUGCGAAGAAACGAGCUCCAUUGGCAAAUGAACGGAGGAGAUAAGCGGAGAUGGGAUCGGAAAAGUUCGUGGAGUUCGAAGAAGCAGAAGGUGGUGAAAGAUGCGGAAGACGAGAUCGAAUCCAAACUUGGAUUUGAGCUUUUCUCCGAGGGAGAAAAACGCCUGGGGUGGCUACUCACAUUCGCAUCUUCUUCUUGGGAAGAUCCAGAUACCCGAAAAGUCUAUAGUUGCGUAGACCUUUACUUUGUUACUCAGGAUGGUUCUUCUUUCAAGACAAAGUACAAGUUUCGUCCUUAUUUCUAUGCAGCCACAAAAGACAAAAUGGAAAUGGAAGUUGAAGCCUAUCUAAGGCGGCGCUAUGAAAGUCAAGUUGCCGAUGUUGAGAUUAUUGAAAAAGAGGAUCUUGAUCUUAAAAACCAUCUUUCAGGCUUGCACAAGAAAUAUCUAAAAGUAUCAUUUGAUACUGUGCAACAUUUGAUGGACGUGAAGAGGGAUUUGUUGCAUAUCGCCGAAAGGAACAAGGCAAAAUUUGAUGCUCUUGAAGCAUAUGAAUCCAUAUUGUCUGGAAAACGAGAACAACGCUCUCAAGAUUGUUUAGACUCUAUAGUGGACCUCCGUGAGUAUGAUGUUCCUUAUCAUGUCCGUUUUGCCAUUGACAAUGAUAUACGCAGUGGGCAGUGGUAUGAUGUUAGUACUUCUAGCAGUGGUGUUAUACUAGAGAAGAGAACAGAUCUUCUCCAACGUGCAGAGGUCCGUGUUUGUGCAUUUGAUAUAGAAACAACGAAGCUUCCAUUGAAGUUCCCAGAUGCUGAAUAUGAUUUGAUAAUGAUGAUAUCCUAUAUGGUGGAUGGGCAAGGUUUUCUAAUUAUUAACAGAGAGUGUGUAGGUGAAGACAUAGAAGAUCUGGAGUAUACACCAAAACCUGAAUUUGAAGGGUACUUCAAAGUGACAAAUGUUAACAACGAGGUUGAACUCUUGAGAAAAUGGUUUUCCCAUAUGCAAGAAUUGAAGCCUGGUAUUUAUGUUACAUACAAUGGCGACUAUUUUGACUGGCCUUUCAUAGAACAGAGAGCAGCUCAGCAUGGGAUUGAAAUGAGUGAUGAGUUGGGGUUUCGUUGUGAUAAGAAUCAAGGUGAAUGUCGAGCUAAAUUCAUGUGCCACUUGGAUUGUUUUGCUUGGGUGAAACGUGAUAGUUAUCUCCCUCAGGGGAGCCAUGGUCUGAAGGCUGUUACGAAGGCAAAAUUGGGUUAUGAUCCACUAGAAGUGAAUCCAGAAGACAUGGUUCGCUUUGCAAAGGAAAAGCCUCAGACUAUGGCCUCCUAUUCUGUCUCCGAUGCUGUUGCAACUUAUUAUCUGUACAUGACCUACGUUCAUCCCUUCAUUUUUUCUCUGGCAACUAUCAUUCCGAUGGUCCCUGAUGAGGUUUUACGCAAAGGAAGUGGUACCCUUUGUGAGAUGCUUCUGAUGGUUCAGGCUUACAAGGCAAAUGUUAUAUGCCCCAACAAACAUCAGGCUGACUCUGAGAAGUUCUUUAAGAAUCAACUUCUUGAAAGUGAGACUUAUAUUGGUGGGCAUGUAGAGUGCCUCGAAAGUGGUGUUUUCAGAUCUGAUCUUCCAACCAGUUUUAAGCUGGAUCCGUCAGCUUAUGAGCAACUGAUCGACAAUCUUGAUCGUGAUCUGGAAUAUGCUAUUACUGUCGAGGGAAAAAUGGACAUGGAGUCAGUUUCAAACUAUGAUGAAGUGAAGAAUGAAAUCAAACAAAAGCUUGAGAAGUUACGAGAUGACCCUAUACGGGAAGAGGGCCCUCUUAUUUAUCAUCUUGAUGUUGCGGCAAUGUAUCCAAAUAUCAUCUUAACAAACAGGCUUCAGCCACCGUCCGUAGUUACAGAUGAGGUCUGCACUGCAUGUGAUUUCAAUCGCCCUGGAAAGACGUGUCUACGAAAGCUUGAAUGGGUUUGGCGUGGAGAGAUAUUCAUGGCAAAGAAAAGUGAUUAUUAUCAUCUGAAAAAGCAGAUUGAGUCUGAAUUUGUUGAUGAUGGUGUCAGCGGUCAGUCUUCUAAAUCUUUCCUUGAUCUGCCAAAGGUGGAGCAACAAUCUAAGCUUAAAGAGCGGCUAAAGAAAUAUUGUCAAAAGGCAUAUAAACGAGUUCUAGACAAGCCCAUUUCCGAAGUUCGUGAAGCUGGGAUAUGCAUGAGAGAGAACCCUUUUUAUGUGGACACUGUUCGCAGCUUUCGAGAUAGGAGGUAUGAAUAUAAAACUCUUAAUAAGAUCUGGAAGGGAAAGUUGUCGGAGGCCAAGGCAAGUGGCAAUUCUAUCAAGAUCCAGGAAGCGCAAGAUAUGGUAGUGGUUUAUGAUUCCUUGCAGCUAGCUCAUAAGUGUAUACUUAAUUCCUUCUAUGGAUAUGUCAUGCGCAAAGGUGCAAGAUGGUACUCCAUGGAAAUGGCUGGUGUGGUUACCUACACUGGAGCGAAAAUCAUUCAGAAUGCUCGCUUGCUUAUUGACAGGAUUGGGAAACCACUUGAGUUGGAUACAGAUGGUAUCUGGUGUUGUCUUCCUGGAUCUUUUCCGGAGAACUUUACUUUUAAACUGAAAAACAUGAAGAAGUUUACGAUCUCUUACCCGUGUGUAAUGCUUAAUGUUGAUGUGGCAAGAAACAAUACAAAUGAUCAAUAUCAGACUCUUGUAGAUCCUGUCAACAAAACAUAUAAGACACAUAGUGAAUGCUCGAUUGAGUUCGAAGUAGAUGGACCAUACAAGGCAAUGAUUCUUCCUGCAUCUAAAGAGGAAGGAAUUUUAAUUAAGAAGCGGUAUGCUGUUUUCAAUCACGAUGGAUCCUUGGCAGAGCUCAAGGGGUUUGAGAUAAAGCGUAGAGGUGAGCUGAAACUCAUCAAAGUUUUUCAGGCUGAGCUUUUUGACAAAUUUCUCCAUGGAUCAACACUUCAAGAGUGUUAUUUUGCUGUUGCUGCUGUUGCAAAUCGCUGGCUUGAUCUACUCGAUAGUCAAGGAAAAGAUAUCGCAGACAGUGAAUUGCUAGAUUAUAUAUCAGAAUCGAGUACAAUGAGCAAAUCUUUAGCAGAUUAUGGUGAGCAGAAGUCAUGUGCCGUGACCACAGCAAAACGCCUUGCUGAUUUUCUUGGUGAUACAAUGGUCAAAGAUAAAGGAUUACGUUGCCAAUACAUAGUUGCUUGCGAACCAAAGGGGACACCAGUAAGUGAGCGUGCUGUUCCUGUUGCUAUAUUUGAAACUGAUUCCGAUAUAAUGAAGUUUUAUUUGCGCAAAUGGUGCAAGACAUCCUCAGAUGUUGAAAUCCGUUCCAUUGUUGACUGGUCUUAUUACAAGCAGCGUCUUAGUUCAGCUAUUCAAAAAAUUAUUACUAUUCCUGCGGCAAUGCAGAAGGUUGCAAACCCAGUCCCUAGGGUUCUUCAUCCCGAUUGGCUCCAUAAAAAGGUCCGUGAGAAGGAAGACAAAUUUCGCCAACGAAAACUAGUUGAUAUGUUCAGCUCAUCAAACAAAGAUGACGUGUUGGACACAAAUUAUUUGAUGACUCGAGAGAAUGUUGGAGAUAUCGAGGAUUUUCGCAAAGAAAGCAAGCCAUCCAUUAAGGGGCCCAAGCCAAUUGCUCGGUCUUAUGAAGUCAGUCAUAAACAAUCCAACUGUGAGCAACAAGAGAGCUUGCAGAAUGAUGAUAUUCCACCUCAGAACAUUGACAAGAACGAAGAUUACCUAGGAUGGCUUGAAAAUAAAAAACGAAAAUGGAAAGCAACUCUAGAAAAGAAGAAAAAACAAAGAUUAGGGGAUUCAAGGUCUUCAGAGCAAAACAAUGCGACAAACCAUAGAGUCUCUCAGGGAAGAAUUGGUGUUGGUUCAUACUUUAGGAAGCCUGAAGAAGCUCUGAUACGUUCGCAUUGGCAGAUAAUUCAACUGGUUCCAAGUUCACAGAUUGGGAACUUUUUUGCUUGGGUGGUUGUGGAAGGAAUGAUGCUUAAGAUCCCAUUGACUAUUCCAAGGGUGUUUUACAUUAAUUCCAAAGCACCGAUAGCUGAAAAGUUUCCUGGAAAGCGUGUCAACAAAAUUCUUCCUCACGGAAGACAUUGCUAUAAUCUGAUCGAGGUUGUAAUUCAGGAAGAUCAAUAUAAAAAUGAAAGCAAAAAACUUGCAGCCCUUCUUGCAGACCCUGAAAUUGAGGGUAUAUACGAAACCAAGGUUCCUUUGGAGUUUAAUGCUGUAUGCCAGAUCGGAUGUGUAUGUAAGGCUGAUAAGGCUGCCAAGCACCACAAUACUCAGGAUGCAUGGAAACUUAGCGAACUUCAUAUGAAAACUACAGCUGAAUGCCGUUACUUGGAGCCUUCAAUUCCUUUUGUUUACUUGUAUAACAGCGUCUCAACAGGACGUGCCAUAUAUGUUGCAUAUUGUCCUGCAUCAAAGGUUUUGUCUUUCGUGGUGGUUAAUCCUUAUCAAAACAAGGAUUUAUCACCCUCUAUUCUGGAGAGACAGUUUCGAGAAGCAUGCCAAGCAUUGUCUCCUGAUUCAUCGUCUUGGAGCGAUAUUCUUUUCAAGGUGGAUUAUGUUGGACAUGUCAGUGAUGCCGAGAAGAUUAUGCAAAGGGCAAUUAGUGAAUACAGACAAGAAAAUGGUGGACCUAAUGUUGUAGUCAUCGAAUGCCCCGACUUUAACUCUUUGAAGGAAGGUAUAAGGACACUAGAUGAUUUCCCAUGUGUCAGGAUUCCCUUCAAUGGUCACGAUAACAGUUACCAGCCUAUUUCGUGGCAACAUCCAGCAGCAAAGAUUGCAAUGCAGCGCUGUGCUGCAUCAUCUCAGUGGUUAAAUGGGAGGAUUGCCCUGUCAAGAUAUGCUCAUGUGCCUCUGGGGAACUUUGAACUUGAUUGGUUAAUAUUCACAGCAGAUGUCUUCUUGUCUAGAGCACUCCGUGACCAGCAACAGGUCCUUUGGCUGUCUGAUAAUGGUGUUCCGGACCUCGGAGGCAUCAACAAUGAAGAGACAUGCUUUGAUGACGAGGCGCAUCAAUCAAGUCUGAUAUACCCUGGAGCAUAUAGAAAAGUGUCUGUGGAGCUAAAGAUCCAUCACUUGGAUGUUAAUGCCCUUUUGAAAAGCAACCUAGUGAAUGAAAUGGAAGGAGGUUCUUUAUUGGGAUUUGGACAGGAGAUAGAUUCUGGAGGAAGUAGUUCAACCGAGAAUACUGGUUUCGAUGAGGCCAUUGCAUGCGCUCCUGCAUUCCGUGUCCUGAAACAACUGAUUCAGAGGUGUUUGACUGACUCGAUUAACUCCGGGAACAUAUUUGCCGAUGCCAUUUCCCAACACUUGUAUCGGUGGCUCUGCAGCCCACGUUCGAAACUUCAUGAUCCAGCUCUUCGUCUCAUGCUUCAGAAGGUCAUGCAGAAGGUAUUUGCUCUGCUAUUGGCUGAAUUCCGGAAAUUAGGUGCCACGAUAAUAUAUGCAGACUUCUCAAAGGUCAUUAUAGACACCGGAAAAUUCGACUUAUCUGCCGCUAAGGCUUACUGUGAAAGUUUGCUCAAGGCAGUCCAGAGCAGAGACCUGUUUGAAUGGAUUGAGCUUGAGCCAUUGAACUUCUGGCAUUCCUUACUUUUCAUGGACCAGUAUAACUAUGGUGGCAUACCGGCUAAGGAUGAUGAAAUUUCACUUGAAAAAGUGGAUAUUGUCUCGAGCUGGAACAUCACUCGAGUUUUACCCGAGGAAAUUCAGGACCGCUUCGUAUUAACCGUUUCCAAAUUCAUAUUUGAUCCGUGGAAGUUUGCAUUAGAUCAAAGUGAAAGCAGGGCGUCGAUACAGGAUGGAAGUUUAUGCACUCCCUCUAUCUCAAUAAAAACAGCAGAGAGUAUGGAAUCACAAAUGGUGGAAUAUCUCAAGGAAAAGAUACGAUCCGAGUUUACAGAUAUGCUGCUUGAAAAUGUACGUGAUAUCAUGACACACAUGAAGGGGGUAAAAGUCACCGAUUCUGAUUCAGGAGUUACCAGUAAAGCUCCCAAAGGAGAUGCUGCAUUGGAGUUUAUAAAGCAUAUCUCUGCUGUUCUUGCUCUUGACCAUAAUGUUCAGCACCAUGUUCUGGUAAUGAGAAAGAAUCUGUUGAAGUACAUUCGUGUAAGAGAAUUUGCUCCAGAAGCCGAAUUUCUUGAUCCUGGUCCCUCCUUCAUCUUACCCAAUGUGGUGUGCAGCUACUGCGAUAACUGCAGAGACCUGGACUUAUGCCGAGACCCAGCUCUACUAGCCGAAGAAUGGCGAUGCUCGGUCCCACAGUGUGGACAGCCGUAUGACCGGGAGGAGAUGGAGAACAGCCUUCUCCAGAUCGUUAGACAGCGAGAACGAACCUACCAUCUGCAGGAUCUGGUGUGCAUAAGGUGCAACCAGGUGAAAUCCGCACAUCUCUCGGAACAAUGCGAAUGUGCCGGAACCUUCAGGUGCAAGGAGAGCGGGUCGGAGUUCCAAGGAAAGAUGGCCAUUUUUUUGGAUAUAGCCAAACGCCAGAAGUUUCGUCUCCUGGAAGAGUGUACCUCAUGGAUCCUGAACUUCACGAGUUGUUAAUCUAAUCUGACUGAGUGAAGAGCUACGCACACUGCAAAGGGCAUAAGAGAAAGCAAAGAACUAUUUUUCUGCAAGAAAUACAUAAAAGCAGAGAUCUGAUUUAUGUACAAUAGGCUACAGAAUUAUGUACAAAGCCAAACAAUGAUCGGCUGAAGUAGCUGACGCUGUUAGAAUCUGUAUACAAAGAAGUGACUGUAAAAUAGAAUGCAUAUUUGCAUAAUUUGCUAUAAAAUACCAAUACUUGGAAUCAA